AUGGCUUCAGACCAAGAAGCCGCCACCGCGCUCAAGGUGCAAGGCAACAAGGCCUUUGCCCAGCAUGACUGGCCCACGGCUAUCGACUUUUAUACUCAGGCCAUCGACAAGUACGACCAAGAGCCGUCUUUCUUUUGCAACCGGGCCCAGGCCCAAAUCAAAGUCGAGGCUUUUGGGUACGCCCUUGCGGAUGCGACCAAGGCGUUGGAAUUGGACCCCAACUAUGUCAAGGCCUACUGGCGUCGUGCCCUGGCCAACACGGCCAUCCUCGACUACAAGGCGGCCCUCAAGGAUUUCAAAGCGGUAGUGAAGCGCGAGCCCGGCAACCGCGAUGCGAAGAUUAAGUUGGCCGAAUGCGAGAAACUGGUGCGCCGGAUAGAAUUCGAGAAGGCGAUUGAGGUGUCCGAUCCACCAUCUGCAUUCGAGGGUUUGGACAUCGAUGCGAUCAAGGUCGAGGAUGGCUACGACGGCGUGCGCCUCGGGAGCGAAAUGACCCAGGAGUUUAUCGAUGACAUGAUCCAGCGGUUCAAGGAUGGCAAGAAGAUCCACCGCAAGUAUGUCUUCCAGAUCAUCAAGAGUGUGAAAGAUCUCGUGUAUGCCGAGCCGACGAUGGUGGAAAUUGGAGUGGAUGCGGGCAAGAAGCUGACGGUUUGCGGUGACACGCACGGCCAAUUCUUCGAUCUGCUGGAGAUUUUCCGUCGAAAUGGCCACCCCUCCGACACCCACGCCUAUCUUUUCAAUGGUGACUUUGUCGACCGUGGGUCAUGGUCCACUGAGAUUGCCUUGCUCCUCUACGCAUAUAAAUGGCUGCGGCCGAACGGUCUUUUCCUCAACCGUGGUAACCACGAGACAGACGACAUGAACAAGGUAUACGGGUUUGAAGGCGAGUGCCGCGCCAAGUACAAUGAGCGGGUAUUCAAGGUGUUCUCCGAGUCCUUCUCGGCCUUGCCACUGGCCACCUUGAUCGGCGAAAAGUACCUCGUGCUGCACGGCGGUCUCUUCUCUGACGACAAGACAACGUUGCAGGAUAUCCGGAAACUCAACCGCCACAACCAACGCCAGCCGGGUCAGUCAGGCCUGAUGAUGGAGAUGCUCUGGACAGAUCCGCAGACCGAACCCGGGCGCGGCCCCAGCAAGCGCGGUGUCGGCCUUCAGUUCGGUCCGGACGUGACCAAGCGCUUCUGCGAGAACAACGGCCUCGAGGCCGUCAUUCGGUCGCACGAAGUCCGCAUGAAUGGAUAUGAAGUCGAGCACGACGGCCGGUGUAUCACGGUCUUCUCAGCCCCCAAGUACUGCGACUCGACGGAGAACAAGGGUGCCUAUAUCAAUGUCGGGCCCGACCUCAAGCUGGAGUACCAGGUAUUCGAGGCGGUGCCGCACCCGGACAUUAAGCCCAUGGCAUAUGCGCAAAACUCGAUUAUGUCGUCGAUGAUGUGA